CCUCUUUGUGCAGUAUCUCUUACCAUUGUUAUCGCUAUGUUUGGCAGGACUGGUUUAGCACUGACGGGGCGAGCCCCCCGGGCGCCUUGGGGGACAUGAAAUGUGGCGUGGCGCCCGCCGGACAGCGAAGAAUUUCGCGAGCAUGUGUGCACCUGAACGCUUUGUCGCAUACUUUGUGCAGAAGUAUAGGCAAACACUUGAUAUCGUAUUGGCACAAAUUUGAUCAACCAAGCCUACACGACGGAGUUCGCUGGGUGGCUUACUGGUCAGCACGAAGUUUGAUGUGAGAAGAAACAACUACUAAGAGUAAGAGCAGCAGCGCAGAUUGAGGAUGCAGCGCUUCAAGAAGCUAUUCACGAAGGAUACCGGGGAAGCGUUGUCUCUGCCGAGUCCUCCGUCGCUGCACUCACCUUCCGCUCAAACUUCGCCACCUAGCAAAAGUUCUCCUCAAGCAACUCCUCAGCAGGAGUCACCAGCUGCGGUGCCUGACGACGUUGACGAGGUUGGCGAACGCGUAUCGACCCUCCCAUCCGAGCCUGCACAGCCUCCGAAACUUGACUUGUCAGCCGCGAAAGAUGACCCUGUCGCCAAGGAUUCUGGCUUGAGGCGCUCAACUCUGCUCGCUGAGGCGCCGUUGACCGACGCAGCCUCGCCGCGCCCAAACGGCGGGGCGUGGGGGUUCCAGUCGUCGCUGCACCCUCGGCCGUCGCUGGUCAGUUCUUCUGUCGUUCAGCCGGAGGAGGUCACGGAAGUCACGGCCAUGACGUUGGAACAGCUAGAAGAUAGAAACAGCUCGCACGGCGGCACCUGCGCUGGGAGCAACUCCUGUCUAACACGAGGACGGCGGAGCUCCGCGACGGAGACGCUAGCUCUGGAGGAGCUGCCCUCCGUGGGCCACCUCGCGGAGGCCGGCUGGACGCGCGCGCUCGCGGACAACAUCAAGAGCGUGGCUGCGGUGACCGGGGUCAUGGGCGGCGGCAGCAUGCCCAACAGCCCUCAUGGCAGCGUGCUGGGCGCGCGCGGCAGCCUCACGGGUGUCAAGUACGGUACAGCGCUGGGCGUGGGGGCGGCGCCUAACGCCGUGAUGGCGGGGUUCCGGCCCAGCGGCUCAGGACUGAAAAGCAGCAGUGGCGCAGGCGGCCUGCCGGGCGGGCCGGUGGGCUCGGCCACGCUUGUCACGGAGCUUGAGGAGUUUGAUGGCGGCGACGACGUAGAAGCGGCCCUCAACGUGGUGCCGGAUGCGCUCAUGCAGCAAGCCGUCAAGGCGGGGGUGAACUUGCAGGUGUGCAUGGACACGGACGUCACACUGAGCUCGGAACAGCUGGGGCGUGGCGUGUCGGGCACGGUGGUGAAGGGCACCUACCGGGGACAGCCCGCCGCAAUCAAGAUGCUGCCGCCGGACUUGCUGUUCGGCAACCGCAGCCUGGAGCUGCACACCUUCGUGCAGGAGAUGGUGGUGCUGUGCGGUGUGCGCCACCCCAACAUCGUGAACCUGCUGGGCGGCUCGCUGCAGCCACCAAACGUGUUCAUCGUGGAGGAGCUGUGUGUGGGCUCGCUGGAGGCCCGGAUACACGGGGGCCCGGGCAAGAACGCCGCCGCGCCCAAGGCCCUGAGCGCCUAUGAGCAGCUGCGGAUAGCGGUGGAUGUGGCCACGGGUCUGCAGUACCUGCAUGAGCGCACGCCUGCCAUCGUACACCGCGACCUCAAGCCCGCAAACAUCCUCAUUGACCCCAACGGCACUGCCAAGAUCUCCGACUUUGGACUGGCGCGCGUGAAGACACACGCCGUCAUCAACACCAAAGCGCCGGACGUGGGGUCCAUCGGUUACAUGGCUCCUGAGUGCUUCACCAAUGAGGACGGCCAGCUGACGGACAAGUGCGACACGUGGUCUCUGGGCGUGACGAUAUGGGAGAUGGUGACCCGCAAGCGGCCCUGGGCCUCCUGCAACAUGGCCGAGUACUACCGUGAGGUGGUUAUUAGGAAGAGCCGGCUGCCCAUACCGCAGGACGACAACGUGUGCCCCAUGGCGCUGCGUCGCCUCAUCAGCAGCUGCUGGUGCGACGACCCCGAGGACCGCCCCUCCUGCGGCCACAUCGUGGAGGAGCUCAGCCGCCUGCUCAAGUACGCGCCGCGGCCGCUGGUGGAGGAGAACUUGUGAGCGAGGGCGAGAGCGCAAUGCGCAUGCCAGCCGUGGAUGAAGCCCUGGGUCCGGGCUUUGGGUGAUGGCAGUGGUGGCCGAGGUAAGGAGGCGGCUGUGGCCUGAGAGGUCUGCGGGUGGGGAGGUGAAUGGCGCUGAAAGGAUUGCAGGUGGGAGGCCGUUCGUAUUUGGCUUGGGCUACUAGGGUCGCCAGUCGCCACUGUGGGGUGGGAAGGGAUUUGGGCAUUGGACUGUUAUACAGCACCUCCGCGGCUUCGCCAAGAGAAUGGCACUGUCCAACCGACGGGGGACAUCCGAGGCUCUCGCUACCGCCGCGCUCCUAUACAGCAACAAUGUUGGGGAAGGGACAGUGUGUCCUUGUUAUCUAGCGAUUCCGUGAUAACACAUUGCGGAGGAGGGGUGUGCAAUGUGGUGCCGCUGGUGGAUUGCCACUAGUGGAUGGCAGUGUGUCAGUGGGAGAUGUGGCCUGCUGUGGGAGGUGAUGAAAUGAAAACGCAGCUGAUAUUGCGCAGGCAGCUGCAGUAGACUACGCACGCAUAAGAGCAAUGGACGGCUUGAGAGGCGGGCGCUGCAUUCAUGGCGACGGCUGGCAACGGCAGCACCACCGUGUGGCGGCGGCACGGUCUCUAGCUGCCGUGGCUGCCGUGGUCAUUCAUGUCAGGCUGUGCCGGUUGCGGGUAUUGAGGGUAUCGAUUAGCGGGAGAUGGAUCGCAGUUCAACCAUUUCCACAACCCGGGCGAGCGGCUCUUCCGGGUAGAAUGCGCAGCUGCUUCUGUAGGUGCAUUCAUGAGGUGGUGAGAUUGCCUUGGUUACACGACGGACCUGCUGACGCAGCUCACGAGGCUGCGAACACGCACUAGUAGUACGGACGCCCAGCUCAAGACCUCAGGACUACUUGGCGAGGUGGACCGGCCGGGGUAUCACACAAUGCAGAGUGGGUUGUGGGGGCAAAUGGAUGGUGCGUAGUGUUUGUAUGAUACGGAACUCACAACUUUCAAUAGCUGGCAAAGGCUGCAAUGGGACAACAUGGUGAGGGGCAGGUAGUUCAGUAGCUGGCAAAGGAGUAGUAGUCGGCAAAGGGUGUGGCCUGCUACCGGGUUUCCAUGUGUGGGUUACCUCUCAGGUGUGGGUGCAGCCCACUGUUCCCUUGAGAUGGAAAGCCACCUUUCUGAUCCUUGGAGGGAAAACCACAUUCCUUCUUAUGCGUGCUGGAUAGUGCUGUAAGUGAGUUUUUGGACUUUUAGCUCGGGCUUGGGCUGGCAGGAGCUGCAGGGUACGGUAUUGCUUUAGGUGUUCGAGCCGUGGGUGCGUGCUCUGUCGCUCGUCAUCCGUCGCGAUGUCGCAUCUGUCUACUUAUAAGCGCCACUUGUGGCUUGUGAGUGACCCGGGGUACGUCUGGAUGAAUGGGUUGCCGCAGGAGGCAGACGCAGGGUGAUGCGCGGUCGUGGAGAUGUCGCGUUACGUUAUGGGCCGCGGCUUAGGUUAACCUGCGAGCAGUGCGAUGUGAACUUUGCUACUAACGGGUGCCCGAAGUAUGCCUGUAACGGAGAACUGACGUGUUGCACUGCGUCGCUUCAGCUUGCUUGCACGGCGAGUGGCCACUCGCAUCUUCCAUGACGCGAAAGACCCACUUUUGGAUGUGUAUGUAAUUCAAGAUUCAU